GGUACUCCAGCUGUUUGUGUGAGUGCAAUCUAUUAAAAGAAUAGAAAAGAAGAACUGAAGGAAGUUUCAAUCAAACAAAAGACCGAGCCAAUCAAAGACAAAGGAGACGGUUGACAAAUCAAAUUUAAUGCAUUAAUAUGGCUACACAAUUCCCAACGCACAAUUAUAAAUAAAGGGUGUUUCAAUGGAUAGUUCUUGUUUUAACUAGAAAAAUCAUUAUGGAGCUGAAGCAAAGCAAUUUCACUCUUUGUCUCUGAAUAAAUUUGUAGAAGCCAACGAUUGGAUGAAAAAUGAAAACAAAGCAUAUGAUUGGAUGAAACUGACUAAAAAUAUCACAGAUUGCAUUGCAAGAGUUUACUUGUAACUGCAAUAGCUGACAGAGAGGAUAAGUUUCGUCUUAUAAAAAAACGUAAAAUAAUGGACAUCGCUACUCUCGAGAUUAUUUUACUUUUUCUAAUAAAAGUCAUCUACUGCAAUUAUAAUGAUGACAAAAAUGGCAUAGUGAAAUUAAAAGACAAAGCAAAAGAAAGUAUUUUUAAGAGACAGAAAGGCAAAGUAACAAGUUGUCGAGGACUUCCAGGACUUCCAGGCAGAGAUGGACGUGAUGGCAGAGAUGCUUUUUUGCGUGGUCCUCGUGGUAGGCAGGGAAAACCUGGUCCAGCUGGUCCACCAGGACCUAAAAGUAAAGCCACGUCAACCGGUGGAGUGGUCUACACCAGAUGGGGAAGAAAACAUUGUCCUAACACAGCAAAAACUGUUGAGAUUUAUUCUGGAGCAAUCGGGGGAUCGUAUUAUACACACAGUGGGAGUGGAGCAAAUUAUCUCUGUUUACCAUUGAAUCCAAUAUACGAGAAAUAUGCUGCUGGUUUUCAAAGUAAUGCAAUCAUUUAUGGUACUGAAUACGAGAUUACUUCUGCUGAGAAACAUAUAUUUCCAAAUCCAAACUUACACGACCGAGAUGCUCCGUGUGCUGUAUGUCAUGCUAAGUCACGUGGUAGUCACAUGAUGAUUCCAGCGCGCAAUAUCUGUCUCAGGUGGACUAUGGAAUACAAAGGUUAUUUAAUGGCUGCACAUUAUACUCACAAGCGAUCUGAGUACAUUUGUGUUGAUGGCAAGCCAGAGGCAAUGCAUGGAUCUUAUGCAAAUACAAAUGGAGCAUUACUGUAUUUUGUUAAAGGCCAUUGUGGUCAUGCUUUACCUUGUCCACCAUAUGUGAGUGGAAAGGAACUGACCUGUGUAGUCUGUACUCAGUGAUUUUAGAGUUUCAAUGCACAUAUUUACGUAUUUUGGCAUUAUCUGUAGUAACACUAAUGAAACAUUAUUUUGAAUUUAAUUAAUAACCACAUCAGUGACGUCACCAUUAUUGUCCUUUAAAUAUCCUUACAUGCACUUAAGUUCAAUAUGAAAAAUACAAGAAGAAAUGUUGAUCACCAACAA